AUGGAGGUCCCAGGGGUAUCUCGGUUUCUGGACCCAUCGUCUGCUAUGGCCUCCAUCACCAAGCAGAAGGUGGAGGCCAUCAGAUUGGCCAAAGAACAAUCCGCCGCCGUGCACGAAAUGUGUCGACGCGCGAAAACCGAGGUUCCGCCUUAUGAAUUUGAGGAACUCAUAGGAAAGGGUGCUUAUGGCCGUGUGUAUAAAGGUCGACAGCUGCCGUCGCGUGAAUUGGUCGCUAUCAAAGUCAUGGAUAUUGAUACUCUCGAUUAUAAAAUGAACCGUGAUUUGAAGGACGAGUCCAUUAAAGAUUUCAUCCAUGAGAUCAAGGUCAUGAACCAAGCGAAGGAGGCUGGUGCCAAAAAUAUAAAUGUUUUGAUUGAAGCGAUUUCUAUCCAUUCCCAGCUAUGGGUGGUUUGUGAGUAUUGCCCUGGCGGAAGCGUCAAGACACUGAUGCGUGCAACUGGCGACAAACUCGAAGAGAAAUUCAUCAUUCCAAUCGCUCGAGAGCUUGCUGAAGGUCUUCGCGCCAUACAUGACGCGGGGAUUAUUCAUCGAGACGUAAAAGCCGCCAACGUUCUCAUUCAAGAGGAAGGGCGGUUGCAAAUCUGUGACUUUGGAGUAGCAGGUAUUCUUCAAUCGAAAAUGGAUAAACGGUCUACCUGGAUAGGCACUCCUCAUUGGAUGCCACCUGAGAUGUUUUCAACUCGUGGAGGAGGCACACACCAAUACGGUAGCGAACUAGACGUUUGGGCGUACGGGUGUACGCUCUAUGAAUUCGCAACUGGCAAUCCGCCAAAUGCUGGAUUGCGAGAACGUAUGCAAAUCGGAAGGUCACUCGGCCGCAAUAUUCCUAGACUAGAUGGUGACAAUUUCAGCGAGGAGCUUAAAGACCUGGUUGCUUUCAGCCUGAAUUCUGAUCCUGCUACACGACCUACUAUGAGUACCAUCUUAUCUCACCCUUAUAUAGCUGGCUCUGAAACCGAGUACCCGACAAGCUCGCUUAGUGAACUUGUCCGUAUAUAUUACCAGUGGUCUCAGCGCGGCGGCCAACGCAUCUCGCUCUUCCAUCCUGGCGGUGCCGCCGCCGCCGAGUUUCCAGACAAUACAUCCCUGGAGGAAGACUGGAACUUUAGUACCACAGACGGAUUCGAACGUCGCUAUUCUGUUCUAGAUUUGGACCAGCUUUCUGCUUCGCUUGCUGAAAUGGCUGAAGAUGACAAUAUAGCUGUCAAUGGACAGUCUGAACCCACUAACGAUGAAGCCUCAUCAUCUGAGAUGACAUCUGUAGAAAAAGCCAAUUUUGAUGAACGUGUCAAACGUGGGGCUGCGGCUAUGGAGGGCCUUUUUGAUGAAAUGAAGCCUACAUAUAAGUACGAAACAAAGAAUGACUUUAUUCCUGUGGAGGAAAAACAGCGGUAUUCAGAUUUGCCACUUCGCACUACUACCGAUCGGUCGUCCGUUACCUCUACCUUCAUCGAUCUCAAUCUAGGAUCGUUUGACUCAUCACAUUACGCUGCUGGAUCGGCAUCUCAGUUCCAACUUGCCGACGCUGAUACAAUUCGCGCCAACCGUUCUAGUCUGCGCUCUGGCCGUAAUUCAGACGGCGACCAACGCGCCUCUCGCUACAGUGAUGCAUCUAGUGGUAGCGACAGUAGCAAUAUGAACGAUACUUUCCAGCCAAGCGCACCUCGACCGCCGACAAUGGAUUGGAAAUUCCCUUCAAUGGCGGUGCCUGAAGAUCGGGAACCUGAAAUAGUCACCACGCAGUCUGCCCCAACAACUCUUGAGCCAUUGCCUGUGGAGAAACGUGCGACUAGGGAUUGGAAAUUUCCUCUCAUGACCGAUACCAAUGACGCCAUGCCGGCAGACAACAAUUACUCCUACGACGAAACUCCAUCUCACACUAUCCGUCCUCCAUAUGUCCAGUCUCAACAUUCGACCCUUGACCUCAUCCUAGACCACAGUCGCGAGCCUAGCAUUGAAAUCACCAACUAUGACGAAUCCCGUCCAUCAACAGCUACAUCCACCGUCAGCGACUAUGACCCUUUCCGUUUUGACCGCUCUCCUGACAUCUACGCCACCGCCCGUCACCAAUACAAUGCUAGUUCAUCAAGUGUCAUUUCUACCUCUCUAGACGGUCCAGGUCCAGAUGACGAGGAAGAAGACCAUUACGAAGGCGGUCCAGGACCCGUCGAUCAUGAGGAUAGUUUAAGCAUCGAUGGACCAGGCCCAGAUGACAAUGAAGAUGAAGAUCACGAUGAACAUGACGGUCCGGGGCCUGACCACCACGACGACAGUUCUGCCUCAAGCACUACUGCAGAAACACCUCUCACUGCACAAAUGGCACCGUUGGUUACUCGUGAAAACGAGAAGGAUAUCCACAAUGCCCUCCACUUCCCCGACGUCCAGCCGCCUUCUAUGGAGAGUUUGAUGGAGGAUGCGUCCGAGGAAGUUGUUGCGCUGGAGCUUGAUAAGUUGAUUGACAAGUUCAUGCAGGCAUGUUAUGCUACUAUUGAAGCUGUGGAAGAAGUUGUAUGA